AUGUGGACAUACGACGCGUGGCGCCGCGGCGGGCGGCUGCCGCCGGCGGUGGAGGGGGAGGGGAGGAAGGUGGGGCGUUGGGGGAGGGGCGGGCGCUCCGCGCGCGCGCGCGCGCCCCCGCCGCCCGCCUACCGCCGCCUCCUGGAAGAGCGAUACCCGCGGGCCAGACAGGAAAGUAGUUGGCGAGCCCCCUACAACCAGCUGCUCCGCCAUGGCCGCCCGCGCUUGGAGGUCUGUGUCCCUGCGGCCGUCGGCCUGGCCGGCCGUGGCACUGCCCGCAGCCGCGGUUGCCCGGCGCGCGCCGCCGUCGCGUCCGAUGGCCGCCGCCGCGCCGGGCGAGCACCGCGAGGCGACGCGGCCUCGCACCACAGCCGCACAGCAUCCAGGGAGGCGACGCACCUCAUGGACGCCAUCUACAACGAGUGCCUUGCGCAGAACUCCGUUCCUGCGUCAAAGUACAAGCUCUUCUCGCUUCGUGACAGGUGCUCAGCACAAAGGACUCUGUUCAGCUUGACGGAGGGCGUGACGGUGGUGAAGACGCCCGGCGCCGCCGACGCCAAGGUGGGCGGGGCCCCGCGCGGCCUGGGCGACGACGACAGCGUGGAGGGCGCGCUCGCCAGCCGCCUCGAGCAGUUCCUUGAGACGCACACGCUCAAGAUCGACCUGAGCGGCAAGGACGUGCUCAACUCCGUCACGUCGGUGGGGCGCGCGCUCGGGGACGUCGCCGACGGCCUGGGGCUCACCGAGGAGGAGGACGACGCCGCCGGCGCCGUCGGCGAGGAAGGCCGGGGCAAGAAGAAGAAGGCCGCCAAGAUCCUGAUGCCCCUGCUGCUGGCCCUUAAGCUGAAGGCCGCCGCGCUCAUCCCGCUGGCCCUGGGCGCCAUCGCCCUCAUCGCCGGCAAGGCCCUGCUCAUCGGCAAGAUCGCGCUCCUGCUCGCCGCCAUCAUCGGCCUGAAGAAGCUGCUGUCGCAGCAGAAGACGGUGACGUACGAGAUCGUGGCGCACCCGCACCAUACCUCCAGCCACGGCGGCGGCCACGACGCCUACUCGGCCAUCGGCGGCGGCCUACGGCGUCUCCGGAGCGGGCGGCCACGGCGGCUGGGCCGCGCCCUCGACGCUCAGCAGCUGGCCUACCGCGGCUACCCGCAGGCCCAGCCCCAGCAGUAGGCACGGCGAAUGCUCGGGCGUAUUUCCUGAAGCUGCUCAAUCGCUGAGGAGACUAUGGAAAGCUCUUCACUCUGGUCGUCGCACCACAAUUUCCAUUUUUAAUUUAUUAGGCGUGAACAAGUCGCAUUUGCUUCGCGCCUUGCCAAAUAACUUAUCCGGUACCGCAAUACUCAAGCAGUAAAGGAAUUAUUUAUACAUAAUUUAUUGCGUAGAGUCUGUAAUCGUAUUUAAUUCUUCUCGAAUUAAGUUAUUUUUGUGAAGUUGUCUUGCUACAUCUUUGAGUGAGUUCAGAGCGAUUUCGACCUUAGCCAACGCUACGACUGAAUGUAAUUAUUUUUACUAUAUAAGAGACCAAAUACUACGCCGACCAAAGGACAUACGAAGACAGUUUGUAACGGACGAGUAUUUACGAGAUACUAAUAACUACAGUACAUACUGCUUUACUUAUUUUUAAUGCACGACAACUUGACCUAGAACGUAGACACUUAAUGACAAUCGACUUGUAACAAGUAGCACUUUGUAACUAGAUCAGACUAACUUUCCCCGUUAUGUGUACAUAUUAAACAAAUUUUCAGACGUGUUCCUUACUAAACUACGAAUAAAUUCCAACGAGUCAAUGCAUUACCUACUUUUUAAACAUGUUAAGUGUGCACGAGUCACCUACUUUUGAAACCUCGACAAUAAUCGAGGUUCAAACGACACCAAAGAUCUCCCAGGUUAAUGUAAACUUUCUCUCAGGUUACUUGUAAGUUUCAAACAUCCCCAACAUAAUCGCAUAACUUUCUCACUUUAGUUUGCGAAAAUUAGCUGCUAUUCAUUGCACUUCGCUAUUCUACUCUCGUCAUUUGUAACCAGCCUCAACUUAAACUUUCUUUCUUCCCGAGUUAAUUUACGAAACUUUCGAGGUCUCUGACGACCCAACGUACUACAUCUGACGUGAAAGCAGCAACUGUUUGUAACUCACUAACAAACGAAACGAGCUGUAACGAUCCACGAGACAUGGCUCCAGCGGAGAACGACGAACGCACCUCGACAACGAUCGCCGCUGCCUGCGCCUCACUCCUAGAAAUAUUCUAUAUUAAAUAUUAUACAUCAUUGUUUUAAUGUUUAUAUACUUAUUUGUAAUAAAAUAUUUAUG